CGAGGGGUCACGUCAAAGCAGCGUAGACAAAGGGCGGGCGCGCGCACGUCCUUACGCACGCCUGUGCUGGCGGCGGCGGGCCAGGGCGGGCGGAACUGCCAUCAGAGGGAUUUGGGUCCCCGGAGCCUCGCGGUCGCUUUGGCAGCAUGUAAGCAACUUCUUGCCAAGAACCCAGGUCACCGCUGAGAAGGGUCCUUAGGGAGAAGGAUAUCCAAUGCCAGAAGCGUCUGGAAUUACACUCACCACAGGCAGCAUGAGACACUCUGUGCCAGCAUCCGUGUCCCACUGGCAAAGACGGGAGCUCUCCAGGUAGGAGGGUCCUGGAAGCAGCGCGUGCCAGGAGCCUCUAUAGAGGAACAAUGGGGCCAGAUACGAACUCUCUACAAUGAACACAAUAUUCGGCUUAUGAAGGAGUUUUAAAUAAAACAACUGUUUAAUUUCCACAUAUUCAAGUUCAAUACCCUUCUGUGUGAAGUGCCAGCAGUCACCCUCCCCCUCCACAGGAAUUAUCAGGAUUUUUCUGGCACCACAUUGAACUCUUCUUGGUACUUCUGGCAAUGACAGAUCUUGAGGACAGAUUUAUGUGCUAAAUGCUCUUGGGCAGGAGAGAAAGUAAAACUUGUGGAAGCAGCGUGAGGGCAGCGGAGCAGAGAUCCUUCCCUUACUGCUCACUGCCACAGAAACAGGCUGCACCGGAUGCUGGUGCUGAAGACUGACCCUGGCCUUCGCCGGCUGCCGCCUGUGGCCCUUUUGACUACCGUUCUGCUCCCACGCUUUCCACUCAGGCUGGCCAGUGAUUGAACUUUGGAAUGGAGUUUGUUUUCCAUUGGGAACUUGCCUCCUUUCCCAGGCUGGUGCUGUCUGAGAGAACCAUCUGAGGGCCGUGCUUUGUUCUUGGGGAGGGCGCAUCGGCCUAGAGCGGAUCCACCACCAUGUUCCUGUUGCUGCCCUUCGACAGCCUGCUUGUCAACCUUCUGGGCAUCUCCCUGACUGUCCUCUUCACUCUCCUCCUUGUUUUCAUCAUAGUCCCUGCUAUUUUUGGAGUCUCCUUUGGUAUACGAAAGCUCUACAUGAAAACUUUGUUAAAAAUCUUUGCGUGGGCGACCUUGAGAAUGGAGAGAGGCGCCAAGGAGAAGAACCACCAACUCUACAAGCCCUAUACCAAUGGAAUCAUUGCAAAGGAUCCCACUUCACUAGAAGAAGAAAUCAAAGAAAUUCGUCGAAGCGGUAGCAGUAAGGCUCUGGAUAAUACUCCAGAGUUUGAGCUGUCUGACAUUUUCUACUUUUGCCGGAAAGGAAUGGAGACCAUUAUGGAUGAUGAGGUGACAAAGCGAUUCUCAGCCGAAGAGUUGGAGUCCUGGAACCUGCUGAGCAGAACCAAUUACAACUUCCAGUAUAUCAGCCUUCGGCUCACUGUCUUAUGGGGCUUAGGAGUGCUGAUUCGGUAUUGCUUCCUCCUGCCACUCAGGAUCGCGCUCGCUUUCACAGGGAUUAGCCUUCUGGUGGUGGGCACAACCGUGGUAGGAUACUUGCCAAACGGAAGGUUUAAGGAGUUCCUGAGUAAACAUGUUCACUUAAUGUGUUACCGGAUCUGCGUGCGAGCUCUGACAGCCAUCAUUACCUACCACGACAGGAAAAACAGGCCUAGAAACGGUGGCAUCUGUGUGGCCAAUCAUACCUCUCCUAUUGAUGGCAUCAUUUUGGCUAGUGAUGGCUAUUAUGCAAUGGUGGGUCAAGUGCACGGGGGACUCAUGGGUGUGAUUCAGAGAGCCAUGGUGAAGUCCUGCCCUCACGUCUGGUUUGAGAGGUCUGAAGUGAAAGAUCGCCAUCUAGUGGCCAAAAGACUGACUGAGCACGUGCAGGAUAAAAGCAAGCUGCCCAUCCUCAUCUUCCCAGAGGGAACCUGCAUCAAUAACACAUCGGUGAUGAUGUUCAAAAAGGGAAGUUUUGAAAUUGGAGCCACGGUGUACCCUGUUGCUAUCAAGUAUGACCCUCAAUUCGGGGAUGCCUUCUGGAACAGCAGCAAAUACGGGAUGGUGACAUAUCUGCUGAGGAUGAUGACCAGCUGGGCCAUUGUCUGCAGUGUUUGGUACCUGCCUCCCAUGACCAGAGAGACAGAUGAAGAUGCUGUCCAGUUUGCAAAUAGGGUGAAAUCCGCCAUUGCCAGGCAAGGAGGACUUGUGGACCUGCUAUGGGAUGGUGGUCUGAAGAGGGAGAAGGUGAAGGAUACGUUCAAAGAGGAGCAGCAGAAGCUGUACAGCAAGAUGAUUGUUGGGAACCACGAGGACAGGAGCCGGUCCUGAGCCCGCGCCUUGCGCUGGCUGGACCGACCAUGCCCGAAAUCCUGGGCGGAGCCAGCCGGAGCCGCCACUGCUGCCUUCCUUCCAGACUCGGGCCUCCGGGCUGCUCUGGACCCCUGGGCUUGCUGUCUGAAGUGAAUGCUGCAGGGCGUUGCUGCCCAGGACGAGAGGCCUUCUUGUUUCUUUUACGACAAGCUUGUUGGAGGAAUGCCAUUAAAGCCAACUCUCCACCCGUGCGCACGCGGGGCUGAGUGGUUGGGGAGAAUCGGCCCCAUUCCCGUACUCGGGAACAGUAGGACACAGUAGGUGUUGGUCUGUUACAGAUGCCCUCGUGCCCGGGCCUUGGCUGGGAGAAGGGGAGGCACUGAGAGGCGGUGUGGCUUGCCAGCCUAAACAUGGCCCCCCCAGCCUCCCCCAGCCUUGGAGCUCUGCAGACUUGAUAAAAAUAAAACUUGUCUGCAGGGGCUUUCAGCAAAAUGAAGUUUUAAAUUCUCAUGCAGUCACCAAAGGGGAUGAAAAGAGGCAGGAUGGACCACUGGCUAGUGUGGUAAGAAGCAAGAAUCAUUUUUCACUUUUAAAGUCCAGUGCUAAUCCUGAACUCCCAUGUGACUUGCUCUUUGUUAACACGUGCCUCGAUUUCCCCAUCUGACCUGGAUCGGGAGGGGAAGGGUGGUGAUACCUACCUCACAGGGUUGUUGUGGGGAUGAACGCGUUACAAUGAGUGAAGGACAGUAAAGCUCAGUAUUAUAAGUACAGGUCCCUGAGAUGUGGCAGGACCAGGUCUGAGCUCUGAGCUCCUGCCCAGGGCUUGGGAGUUGUUUUGUGAGUAAAUAAAAUUGUCUUUGAUGGUGAAUGAAUUGAGGGGUUUUCCCCUUCACCCUUUCUCCCCUAGAUGUAGCCCUAAGCAACCUGUUUCCUAUCAGUCACAGAACAUAACCCCCGGGGCUGGAGGGAGUCCAGCUUGACUUCUGAAUGGGGGGUGGUAUUGUUCAGGAGAAGGUAAACUACUCAUAUAGCGAAUGGCUCGUUUAGAAUCCCCACCACAGACUGAGACGGGGAUUUCUACACAGCUGGGUGCCGUGGGAUUAGAGGUAUGUGAUGGGGCGUGGUUUAUUGAGCUGGGGGAAGGGGAUGGGGGGCAGUCUGUAAGGACAGUAGGAAGCCGUGAGGAGAUGCAAGGGCGAGGUAGGAGCGGAGGCCCUGCAGUAGUGAGGGUGGCAGGAUGACCUGUGGGUAUUUGGUGCACCGUGGGCUUCCAUACAGCCAGAGGGAAACGGCAGGCUUGCUGGCCGCCUGCACCUGCCUGCAGUCACGAAAGGCAGAUCCAAAGCCAGCCGCCCUCACCGCUCCUUAAUUCUAGGGCCCCUCAGUUUCAAAUCCCUCAGGCAAGAGUCGCCGCACCUCUGCCAUUUAUCCAUUUAGCCUUACCCCUUCCCUCCGUCAUGGCACCGUCACCACACCUUUCACGAUCUUGGUAAGUGUCCCCUCUAAGGCCACCCCUCUAUCCUGCGACGUGGGGAUGUGGGCGUGAAGCCUGCUCAGGAGAUGGCUGGACUGGUAGCACUUGUCUCACCUGACCUUAGCGUGACUCUCACGCUAACUGCCGUCCUGUUGCGCUGCCUCCCUGAAUAGCCUCCCGUUUCCUCAUACCUGCCGUACUGCUGACCGUGAAAAAUGCUUUUUCCUCUUAAAUAAAAAACUAUCAUGACUGUAAGAACAGCCUCUUAUGAACUGUUUUACAAAAUAAGAGUAAACAGUGGUUUUCAGCCUUUAUAAGUAAUACCGUGUUUAAAAGCUAUCUGGAAUGAUCUUUAAAAACAGGUCUUGAAAACCAAGUUUCCUUUAAAAAAAAACAACUGCUGAUUAGUACAUUUAUUUCAUGAUUUUCAACAAACCUGUCUGUUGAUGACUUAACAAGUAUUGCAGGAACCUGGUUUAGAAUCACUGCUAUGUAAAGAAAUAUUUGUGGAGACUAAGCAAUGAUUAUUUUCCUUUUGCUAAGUGAGGAGAGGGGAUGUGAAUUACACUCCUUCCCCCCAAAACGCUCUUAAAAUUUUAACUCGGUGCUUGUUAUAAGCAUGCAGACUCAUCAGACUGCUCCAUUCUUUUACUUGGGGACCCUGUAGGCCUCGAACUUACCCAUCAGCCAAAAUGUUUGGUUUGGGAUGACCGAGUUGGUCUUGUGUGGUAAAACCUCAUGGCCCUUAGGAAUAGCAACAGAAAGGCAUAUGAAGUACAAAACACCUGUACACUCGCUCCUGUGACCCCAGCAGAGAUGAGGACACUCUUGGAGUAAAGCCAAGUGGCAUUAGUUAGUGGGAUGAGCACUGGCCAACUUCUAAUCCUGCUUCCAAACCUGCUACCCCUCCUUUGUUGUUUGACUUUGUUUCCCUGUCUCUAAUCCUCGAUCCAUAACCAAGGACUUGAGCUAGAUGAUCUUUAAGGCCCUUUCCACCUCUGCAGUUUCUGUAAUUUUUAAACCUAUACAUAGUUCAAACUUUGGCUUUAAGUUCUAAAGUCAUCUGAGUUCAGAAGUAAAAAGUCAGUUUAAAGCCAUUUGCUGUCUCCAAAACAGUGGGGCUAGUGACACUCCACUCCACUAGAGGGUGUUGCACGUGUGAAGGACAGUCCUCAGUGUAUUAGGUGCUUGUGGGCCUGGGUGGGAUUGACUGGAUCCUGGAAAGACUUUUCACUCAAACAUGAGGUUUUUUUUCCCCCGCAGCCAGUCAGAGAAGGAACUUUCUAAAAAGGCCUGUGCAGCUCCCCUGCCAGAGGAAGCUUAAUAGGAAACUGUCAGCCCGGCCAGAGCUCAGCAAACUAAGCUUGAUGGAGCAGUUUGAGAUGACAUCCUUGUGACAUAGUAGAACCAACUUUGGAACUUGGUUCUUUGCUUAAUGUCAGACCCCACUCCCUGUUGCUGACCUUCAGAGAUUAGAAGAGGCUUGCUGUGAAGUGAUGGGGAGUGUUCCACUGAGCCCUGAAUUCCCAGACCAGACCAGUGACGAGUCCUCGAGCACCGUCCUGUUUUCAGCCCUUCACAGCAGCGCCUACCAAUGGUGGGCUCAAACUGUUGUCCUUCAGAAGUCUGGGAUUAUAUCCUGCCAUUUCCUUCCUGGAAUUGACCCCAAACUCAGUGGUCUGUGGGAUAAUGCUUCCCACUCUCCCUGAUACAUGAGAGAGUCCACCGUGUCAUAGGUCCCCUCCACCCGUUGUGCAUGUGGGGUGGCCAGACUCGGUUUCUCCAGUUGCACUCGCCCUGUGUGGCCUGGGACAUUGGGGCUGGAAGGGCAGCUGCAUGCACACUGACUCUUGGACAGGUUAAGGGACGACCAUCCAACCAUCCAUCUUCCAUUGCACUAACACCCCCUCUCCCCCCAGUCAAUAUGUCUCUCUCCGAUGGGAAAGUUAAUAAAUUUUGCUCUAGAUUAAAAGUAUUGAUCAUUUCAUUUGUAAACGAUAAAUAAAAAGGGGGAACUUUUCAUUGCACCAGGGGUAGCGUCUGGUGUAUUUUGCUGGUGGAAUUGCGCUGGCUGCCGGGGGGGUAGGCUUCUCAUAUGCAUUCUGGCUGGCCAGCCGCAUUGAUUUCCUAUUAGUCUCCCAGCACCACCCAGUAACACAUCAUUUCAGUACCGGCUAUUAAUGGUCUUUUGAUAAAUAAUCACUUGUAAGUCAAUAAAUUUUUAUUAAACAGUG